AUGAAGACUGUGGAACCUCUUGCAGGGAUAAGGAUCCUUGUUCUGCUGGUUCUGGUCACCUCAAGCUACAGUCUACAGAGAGCCCCUCGUAUCAUCACCUUAUUAGAGACCGUGGAUGUGUUGCUGGAUCACAAUGCCACCUUCAUCUGUGAGGUGCAGUCACGGCCUCCUGCUGACAUCAUGUGGACCAAGAACAACCAGCCCAUCAUGUACGACCCCCGCUACAUAACCAAGGAGCAGGGACAGAUGCUGAUCGUCCCUCAUGUGAGAGAAUCAGAUAACGGGGAAUACUGCUGCCUUGCCAAUAAUGGCAUCGGAGAGUCGGCCAAGAGCUGUGGAGCUCUGCAGCUUAAGAUGAAACCUCAGAUCAAACGCCAUCCCACCAACCUGACGCUUCUGCUGGAGUCCAAAGCCGUGUUGCCCUGCGUGACGCUCGGAAAUCCCAAACCAGAUGUCACCUGGAUCAAAGAUGACGAGCUCAUUAAGAUCACUGAUCGUGUGACCGUCCUCGACUACGGUGCGUUGAAGAUUCACAACAUCCAGAAGGAGGAUGCAGGACAGUAUCGCUGUGUGGCCAGGAACAGCUUCGGUUUGGCCUUUUCAAAGCCGGUCACUAUCGAGGUUCAGGCUCCGGCUCGAAUCCUGCGGGUUCCAAAAGAGAAGAGAGUGGCGUAUGGCAGCCAGAUCAGCCUGGACUGCAACGCCACGGGGAAUCCGAUACCCACCAUCACAUGGCUGGAGAACGGGAACACUGUUUCAGGUGCGUCCGUGGAGGAGACGUUGGUGGGAGAGGUGAUUCUGUCGGUUCUGAAGGUGACGGUGAACAAGCCGGCUCUGUUCACCUGCCUGGCGUCCAACAGACACAACGCCGGAGCCAACACCGUCAAGGCCACCGCAAGAGUCACCGUCGAAGAGUGGAGACUCUAUAAAGGUGUCACCGGCUACUGCAGUGCCUACCGCGGAGAUGUUUGCCGCAACCUCCUGCGAGACGACGCGCUGGUUUUCUUUAACUCGUCCCUCUCGGACCCCGAGGACAUGCAGGAGUACCUGGUCCAGAGCUGGUCGGCGGAGCUGGAAGGCCUCAGCGCCACGUGCGGCCCGGCGCUGCGCUCGCUGCUCUGCCACGCCUCCUUCCCCGACUGCAACCCCUCAGGGUUAGGCCCGGCACCCAAACCCGUCUGCAGGCAACACUGCAUGGCGGUGAAGGAGCUGUACUGCCACAAGGAGUGGUUGGUGCUGGAGAGCAACAUGUUGUUCCAGCCGGGCCACUUCAGCUCCGGCAUCGGGCCCCACACUCCCAGUUCACUGCUGCCCAAGUGUCAGGCCUUACCCAGUCUCCACUCCGACCCGGAGGCUUGCACAUACGUCCCCUUUGUGGACAUCAAGAGAGAUCACAUCACAACAACAUGUUACAAUGACAGAGGCCGUUUCUACCAAGGCAGCGUGAACGUGACGAGGUCUGGGAUCCCGUGUCAGCCAUGGAGCCAACAGGUUCCCCACCAGCACCGCUUGUCUGUGGACGUCAUCCCCGAGCUGAGGAGCGCAGACGACCACUGCAGGAACCCGGGAGGAAUCAGCGACAAGCCUUGGUGCUACACCUCAAAUCCCAACAUACGCUGGGAGUACUGUGCCGUGAUGCAUUGUGGGGAGGCAGACACAGCGCCAGUGACGAAGCCGGAGUCCCAGGGCCCCCCCCGUCAGCCGGCUCGCCCCCCCCCCACCAGCCCGGUAUCCUCUCCAGCCUACUCCAUGUCCGUCAUCGUCAUCAUCCUCACCGGAGUGGCAGCUGCAAUCUUCCUCUUCAUCAGCAUCCUGGCCUGCCGCCGACGGAGGAAGCAAUGGAGGAACCGAAAGAGAGCGAUGGAGACCCCGACGCUGAGCGCUCUGCCGUCGGAGCUCCUGCUGGACCGACUCCACCCGAACCCCAUGUACCAGAGGGUUCCUCUGCUGCUCAACUCAAAGCUGCUGGCCCUGGAGUAUCCACGAAACAACAUCCAGUACGUCAGAGACAUCGGAGAGGGAGCCUUCGGACGGGUCUUCCAAGCCAGGGCCCCGGCUCUGUUGCCCAUGGAGACGUUCACCAUGGUGGCCGUGAAGAUGCUGAAGGAGGAGGCGUCGGCCGACAUGCAGAACGACUUCCAGAGGGAGGCGGCGCUCAUGGCCCAGUUCGACCAUCCCAACAUCGUGCGACUCCUCGGCGUGUGUGCGGUGGGCAAACCCAUGUGUCUGAUGUUCGAGUACAUGGCCCACGGCGACCUCAACGAGUUCCUGCGCCGCCGCUCCCCGACCCAGUCCGUGCACACGCUGAGCUGCGCCAGCCUCUCGGGCCGCAGCUUCUCCACCGAGUCGGACGCCGGACCGCUGGCCGGCGGCGAGCUGCUGUCCAUCUCCAAGCAGAUCGCCGCGGGCAUGGCCUACCUGUCGGAGCGCAAGUUCGUGCACCGCGACCUCGCCACCCGCAACUGCCUGGUGCGCGAGGAGCUGGUGGUGAAGAUCGCAGACUUCGGCCUCUCCAGGAACAUCUACUCGGCCGAUUACUACAAAGCCAACGAGAACGACGCCAUCCCGAUUCGCUGGAUGCCCCCGGAGUCCAUCUUCUACAACCGCUACACCACCGAGUCGGACGUGUGGGCCUACGGCGUGGUGCUGUGGGAGAUCUUCUCCCACGGCAUGCAGCCGUACUACGGAAUGGGCCACGAAGAGGUUAUUUACUACGUGAGGGACGGCCACAUCCUGUCCUGUCCCGAGAACUGUCCCCUGGAGCUGUACAACCUGAUGAGGCUCUGCUGGAGCUCUCAGUCCUCGGACAGGCCCAGCUUCUGCAGCAUUCAUCGGAUAAUGGAGCGAAUGCAUCAGAACACAAUGAGCGUGAAUGCUGAGGCCGAGGCCGACUGCUAACCUGGGAGAGUCCUUC